CCCGACCCGUUAGCAGCGUCUUCCCUACAGUGUGAGGGAAAGCCGCUCUCGGAUCAGCGGCUUCAGUUGAGCGGCGGAGCUGGCAGCAUGUCGAGAUUCCGAUCUCUGUUGCAAUCAUCCGUCAUCGCUGCAAAGCGAGCUCUUGCAUGGAAUGUAGAAGAUUUGAUGCCACCAACUGAAAAACUUGUUUUCGAUUUCAAUUCAAAGGAAUCAUUGAAAAGGUGGCAUUUAUAUUCCGAUUCUGAAUAUGGAGGUUUAUCAUCUGCUUCUUUAGAGAUUGCUGAUUCUGGUUCUGGGCUAAGUGGUAUUUUCUCUGGCAAUCUUUCGUCUGAUUUAGCUGAGGGUUCUACAUGGAGAAUGAAUAGGAGCGGAUUUUGUGGAAUGCGAUCUAAGAAGCUCAAUGAUUUCAUAGACUUGGAUGCAUACGAUACAAUAGCUUUGAAACUUAAAGGGGAUGGGAGAUGCUACAUAUCUACUAUUUAUACCGAAAAUUGGGUAAAUGCACCUGGACAAGAGGAGGAUAAUUCUUGGCAAGCUUUUAUUUAUGUCCCUAGCAACAACUGGCAAAUUGCUAAGAUCCCGCUUGACCGAUAUUUGCCAACAUGGAGAGGCAAUGUCAUCGACGCGCAGAUGGAAAUGAAUCCGUCUCGUAUUGUAGGAAUGUCUCUCUCUGUUAAUGCAGAAGGUGGUGUCCCCGGGGCCAAGUGUGGGCACGGCGACUUCAGAUUAGAGAUCGAUUGGAUUAAGGGUCUAAGAACAUCAGAUAAUUUUAUAGGAUGAUCGACUACAUGAUACUGUGUUCAUUCGAAAUCAUGAUGUUUCGAAUGUUAUUUUUUUCGUUUUUCGAAUGAAGGAAUGAGGUACAUGUAUUACUGAUAUACUGAAAAUAUCUUUAAAUAGACAUUUUGUGGUGUUCUUGAUGAAAUUUAUGGUUUGCAGAUUUAUCA